GGGAGUUGAAGUCCAAGAACAUCUGGAGGCUCAAGGUUGGGGGGGGCACUGCUUCCAUGACCUCCUGUGGGCAAUAAAUAUAUUCUUGGCCUCAAGGACUGACGUGCAGGGAGCUCAGGAGGCAUCCUGUGUCUUUUUCAAGGAAAAGCUUUCCAGCCUUUGUCUGGCAUAGACCUAGAUUAAAGAUAAUGUUCACGCAGUGGGAAGAGUGAUAUCUUUCAGACUGCCUGGUGCAGUAACACUUCUGAAAGGUGUGUCCAGCGUGAAUGCAGAGAUUUUUAUCAGAGAGAUGGGUUCUACUUUAGUUCUCUCACCAAGGUUUAUUUCCGUACGUAUGGCGAUUGUCACUUUGCAUGGGGGGGGGAGGUAUGGAGACAGGGAAACCUCUGACCCGCAUUUCGACUGGCACAGCCCGAGGAGGGGUGGUUUGGAUCAUUUUUCUUGUGUGAAACUCUGUUCUAAGAGGCUUCAUCAAGAUUCACCUCUUUCGGAGAGCAGUCACAUCAACCCCCAGUUGCGAUGAUCCAUUCUCAGUCUGUCGUAUUUGUCCCUUUCUUCCCACCUUCUAGAGUUUUGUGCACAGGGAGGCAUCCUCGGGCAAACGCUUAGCCUUGGCAGCCUCUUUCUUUUUCGUUUGUAAAUGAUGGAACUCACCUUGGAUCUCUAUGAGUGACUUGCCUUUUGUCUCUGGAAGCAACCAGAAGAUAACAAUCCACGCGAUUGCAAUGAAGCCCAUAAAAACCAGGAAGCAGAAGGUGUCCAGAUAGAGUACUAGAUAUGGAAAAACCAUCCCAAUUAAAUAGGUUCCCACCCAGUGGAGGACCAUGGUGAUGACAAACGCAGCCGGCCUGGAUGUCUGUGUGAAUAGUUCAGCAAUGAGGGGGAACGUGGAUCCGGCUGGCGCCAUGGCAUAAAUCGUAAUAAAGAGGAAGACAAGGACGGUGUUGCAAUAUGGGAUCCAGAAGGCUCGAUCUUGAAGGGAGAAAGUUGUCGUUAAGAAUGCCAAGACCAGGAUCAUUAGACCGUAUCCCCACAGCAUUAGUUUUCGUCUGCCGAAAUGCUCUAUCAUGUAGAGGCAAGAAAAGGUGGAGAAAAGCUCGCAGGCUCCAACCCCAAGGGUCACAUAGGAGAUGAGUUCUUGAUGAAAUCCGGCAGCGCUAAACACAUCAGAAGCAUAGAAGUAGAUGGCGUUGAUUCCACUUAACGAUAAAGCGCACGAUACUGUGACCAGCAAGUAUACCUGGCGUCGCAUGGAGGUGUCUCUUAAGAGCUGCAGCACAUUCAUGAUUUUGACUUUUGCCAUGGUGGCCUGUUCUUUCCGCAUAUCAUCCACUUCUUCCUUGUGAUUCCCUUCGCCCCAGAGCUGCCUCAUAGCUUUCAAACAGCCUUCUAAAUCGCCCUUCUGUGUCAAAAGGUGAGGUGGAGAUUCGGGGAAGAAGGGAAUGGUGGCCAGCAUCACCAAACCUAAUGCUCCACUGAUGGCCAGCAGGAGAGGCCAGAGAGAUUCAGUUCCUAAAAGUUCCUUUUGUCCUGUCAGUUGCCCUAGGAAUUUCCCCACAUUUACAAAAAUUGCAAGAGUGACAUUGAUGGCACCGCGCCGGUGCUUAGGGGAAAUUUCUGACACGUACUGACCUUGGACGCACGUGCCUAAACCCGUACUGAAGCCGUACAGAAGACGUCCGACCAGAAUCAUUUCGAAAGACUUUGCUGUUUUACUGGUGGCACUCAUCACUGCCGCAACUAACAUGAGUAAGCUACUGAAUAUCAGACAUUUCUUCUUCCCAUAUUUGGUAGACAAAUAGCCCGACAAGCAGCUUCCUAUCAAUCCUCCAAUGCUGAAGGCGGACACAAUGAAAGACCAGAGGAAGAUCCAGUUUGCUGACCAAAAGCAAGAAUUCAACAAACGCCCCACAAAGAUUGGUCGCCGUUCGUUGUCACGGUCCAUCUCUCAGUCAUCCACAGACAGCUACAGCUCUGCGGCCUCCUACACAGACAGUUCCGACGAUGAGACCUCCCCCCGGGACAAGCAGCAGAAGAACUCUAAAGGCAGCAGUGAUUUCUGCGUGAAAAACAUCAAACAGGCUGAAUUUGGGCGUCGGGAAAUUGAAAUUGCCGAACAAGAAAUGCCUGCGCUCAUGGCCUUGAGGAAACGAGCUCAGGGAGAGAAGCCACUGGCUGGAGCCAAGAUUGUGGGUUGUACGCACAUCACAGCCCAGACCGCUGUUCUCAUGGAAACCCUCUGUGCCUUGGGUGCUCAGUGCCGGUGGGCCGCCUGCAACAUCUACUCCACCCUCAACGAAGUGGCAGCGGCCCUGGCUGAGAGCGGCUUCCCCGUCUUUGCUUGGAAGGGAGAAUCCGAGGAUGAUUUCUGGUGGUGUAUUGAUCGCUGUGUCAACGUUGAAGGAUGGCAGCCGAAUAUGAUCCUGGAUGAUGGCGGAGAUCUCACACACUGGAUCUACAAGAAGUACCCCAACAUGUUCAAGAAGAUCAAGGGGAUCGUAGAAGAGAGUGUUACCGGUGUUCAUAGGUUGUACCAGCUGUCAAAGGCAGGCAAGCUGUGUGUCCCGGCUAUGAAUGUCAACGACUCCGUCACCAAACAGAAAUUCGACAACCUCUACUGCUGCCGAGAAUCCAUUCUAGAUGGCCUUAAAAGGACGACGGAUAUGAUGUUUGGAGGGAAGCAAGUGGUCGCUUGCGGAUAUGGAGAGGUCGGGAAGGGCUGCUGCGCUGCCCUGAGGGCCAUGGGCUCCAUUGUCUACGUGACCGAGAUCGACCCCAUCUGUGCCCUGCAAGCCUGCAUGGAUGGCUUCCGCCUUGUGAAACUCAAUGAAGUGAUCCGGCAGGUGGACAUCGUUAUCACCUGUACAGGCAACAAAAAUGUUGUGACUAGGGAACACCUUGACAGAAUGAAGAACAGCUGCAUUGUGUGUAACAUGGGACAUUCCAACACUGAAAUCGACGUGGCCAGUUUGCGGACGCCGGAACUGACGUGGGAGAGGGUGAGGUCUCAGGUAGACCAUGUCAUUUGGCCAGAUGGGAAGAGGAUAGUGCUUCUGGCAGAGGGGCGGCUGCUGAACCUGAGCUGCUCCACCGUCCCAACCUUUGUGCUGUCCAUCACAGCCACCACGCAGGCUCUGGCCUUGAUAGAACUCUACAAUGCCCCGGAAGGACGCUACAAGCAAGAUGUCUACCUGCUGCCUAAGAAAAUGGACGAGUACGUAGCGAGCCUUCAUCUCCCAACGUUCGACGCACACCUGACGGAGCUGACGGACGAGCAAGCGAAGUAUUUGGGGCUAAACAAAAACGGGCCUUUCAAACCAAACUACUACAGGUAUUAAUUCCCCGUUGCCAUAACAGGCAGGAAAGGGAGGAACAAGCAUCUCUUUCGGCUACUGUACAGGACGAACCAGGACAAGAUUCCGACUUUAGAACCAGGCUCGCUGCCGUAGACCACCACGUGUGUUAGGUUAUUUAUUUAUUAAACUAGAAUACUGUAAA